AUGGUAGAGAGUCAAAUAAUUUACCUUCAAAUUCGGGGGAUCGACACUGGAGAAGGUGAUCAAGGAGGUCGAAUCUUUAGGUCGCAGGCAGGCGGGGAAAUUAUCACCGUGGAUCUCCUUGUCAUCGCUCACGAGACCACAAGAGAGAGAGGUAGGGCCAGUUGCAAGUCAGCCACCAAUCUGUGCCAAGUUACGUUGACCAAGAAGAUGGUGCAUGAUUUACAAUUUGCGGGGGAUGGUGCAGUUGGGUCGAUGGAUCCCGAUUGGGCUUCACUUGAUCUGAUCUGA